AUAUCAAUUCAGUUUGUGUAUAUUCAACUAUCUACUUCCUUACUUACUUAUUAGUAUAUGAUAUUUGGUUUAAUUCAAAAGUGAUUAUAUACAAAAUUAGAAAUGAAAACAAACGAUUCGGAAGACGAUACCAAUAAUGAAAAUCCUGUUCCGAAAGCAGGGUCUGUUUUAUACGGAGUAGAAGACGUGCCUUCACUACCGCUAUGUUUGCUCUUCGGAGUUCAGCAAGUAAUUCAGUGCCUUGAUGGACCAUUAGCAAUGUCCUUCAUAUUGUCUGGACUUCUGUGUGCAAGUGGUCAAGAUGACGUCACAUAUACACUACUAAGUAUCAACAUGUUUAUGGCUGGGUUAGCCACAAUUGUACAGAGCAUGUUUGGCGUACGACUUGGUGUUAUUCAAUCCUCAUCGUUUUCAUUUGUUGCUCCUAUUGUUGCAAUGAUGACACUAGACAAAUGGAGCUGUCCAAAUCAUGAUAAAGAAAUCACAGGACUAAAUACCACUAAACUGAAGAUGGACGAAGACGAAAUCUGGAAAAUCAGAAUGAGAGAAAUCCAGGGAAACCUUAUUCUUGCCUCCAUUACACAAAUUGUUCUUGGCUGCACUGGAGUGGUAGGAUUCUUACUGCGGUACACUGGACCCCUUACUAUAGCACCUACUAUUGCCCUCAUAGGGAUUUCACUUACAGGUUCUUUGAUCGAUCUUUGUAAACCACAUUGGGGUAUUUCUUUCAUGACGAUGUGCUUGACUCUUACGUUUGGUCUUUACAUUGGCAAACUAAAACUUCCGCUGCCUGCAUGGUCAAAGAAAGAACAUUGUUAUGUAGUUCGUUUUCCAGUGUUUCAAGUGUUUACGAUAUUAUUAAGCGUUGGCGUCAGUUGGUUGAUUUGCUACAUUCUAACUGUGACCGAAGUCUUCCCUAAUGAUCCUGAGAAACCAAGUUAUAUGGCACGAACAGACGCAAGGGUAGAGGUUCUGAAGACAGCUCCAUGCUUUUACUGGCCAUACCCGUUUCAGUUUGGUAUGCCUACCUUUAGUGCAGCGGGAUAUGUUGGGUUCCUGGCAGCCACCGUAGCAUCCAUUAUAGAAUCAGUUGGAGAUUACCAUGCCGCUGCCCGAAUUGGUGGUGUCCCACCACCACCUCCACACGCUAUAAAUCGUGGUGUAGCUGUUGAAGGUUUCUCCAGUAUAAUAUCUGGUAUGAUCGGGGCAGGAACUGGCACAACAACUUACAGUGGGGUAAUCGGUGCUAUCGGAAUAACAAAGGUUGCAAGCAGAGUUGUGUUUAUGACAGCAGGGUUUGUAAUGGUAAUCUGCGGUGUUGUCGGGAAGUUUGGGGCUUUUCUCACAUCAAUUCCAUAUCCGGUGGUUGGUGGAGCUGUCAUUGUACCUGUUGGUAUGGUGGUCGCCGUGGGUAUAUCCACUUUGAAAUUUAUAGACUUGGAAUCGACAAGAAAUCUUACAGUCUUCGGGACGUCAAUCUUUCUGGGUUUGAUGAUACCACAGUAUAUAAAUGAUCCCGAAAAUGCCAAUGUCAUUGAUACAGGUAACGAGGAGUUAGAUCAAGUUAUCAAAGUCUUGUUGGGAACGUCAAUGUUUGUUGGUGGAUUCGUCGGUUGCUUGUUAGAUAACACUGUUUCAGGGACGGAUGAAGAACGCGGAAUAUUAUCGUGGCGGAAAAGAAACAUUACAACAUUCGACGCCUCUGGAAGAGAUGCGUCCUUAUCCAUGUACGAGUACCCGUAUGUAACAAAGUAUUUAAGACGCUUGCGGGUUUGUUCCUACAUACCGGUGUCACCAACGUUCGAUAAAGGCAUGAAUGUCACGUGCUCUCGUGCUUGCUGCCGCCCGAAAACGAAACGUAAUAAUAUGUCUGGAGAAGCAAACUUGAAUCAAUAUGCAUUUGAUAACACAGAAAGUUUUGCUCAUUCCGCUAGUCUGGAUGUGAAAUUGUAAUGAUGACAGGUUUGGCGAGUUUCAAUAGACAUCCUAUUUUUCCGCUUUCAUAAACUCAGUGUAAUGUUAUUCUAUACUUUGUAAUGUGUUUAGUCAGUUAUGUAACAAAUUUAGGCAAAUUAUAUUUAGUAUAUAUUCAUACAUAACACGUUGUCAUGUUAUUUAGUUGAAACAGCAAUGUCAAAUAUAUAUUUACACCAAAAUGCAAAUUUUAAUCAAAGUUCUGAGAGGACUGAUGGGGGCAAUGUUUUGCAGUUUCAAGACUUGAUGUAACCCAUUCAUAUCAGGGAAGUACAUGCAGGCAUUAUGUAAUGCACUUGUGCGUGGCAAUAAAUGGAGUGGUCACAACUUUAGGAGUGCACAACAAUUAAAUUUAUUAACUUUGUGU